UAUUCCAAAGUACACCUGCAGUGCACACCUGAAUAAAGCCACUCCUUUCCCAGACUGCAUCAGAGAUGGUUGCGCGGCGGAGGCCAGAAAAACUAACUAAACUCCUUUACAGCUUUAAGAUUUUACAGCCCAUCUGACAUCCACUCUGUUUUAGUUUUGUGUGAUUUCCGAGGGUUUAUUUUUGAUUUUGUCUGUUUUUUUAUGGUGUGGAAUUUAUGUGACAUUUGUUAAGAACUCACAACUUAGCGGCGGCAGUUUCAGAGGACAACUUUGUUUUUUCCUGUGGCCCAGAUACCAAAUGAAGAUGUGGUCUCUGAAUGUCAUCAUCCUGCUUCUGUUUUGCUAUGCUUCUCUUUUAACCUGCAACGGAAGAGUGUAUUUUGUCUCCAAGAACUUUUACAACAUACUGCACUGGGACCCUGUGAAGCCUGCCUUCCCCGGGGAACAGGUCCUCUAUAGCGUCCGGUACAGGAGUGAUGUUAAGGAUCAGCCAUUCCAGAUAAAAAAGGAGUGUCAGAACCUUACUGCUCUGUUCUGUGACCUGACUGUGGAGACCCCAUCAGUGUAUGACGUUCACUACUGGGCUCAGGUUUACUCCAAUGGUAGCUUGCGUGGCAGCCAGAAAUUUAAACCUAUAGCAGAAACUAUUUUUGGUCCACCAAUCUUGUUUACACACACAACCGUGUCAACCUUGCACGUUAACGUCACCCUGCCCUUGGGGCCAAAAGGGACCUCCGUUGCGGACAUCAUCACCAGAAGCAAAAAUGGGCCUUACAAAGUUGACAUUGUUUAUACCCUCAACAUCAUCAAGCCAAAGUGGGCUGCACAGGUUAAUCGAACCACAACUGGCCGGUUUGUGUUCAACUUGAAGAGCAACCAAACCGAGUACUGUGGCAACGUGUUCUACACGCCGUUAACUGAGGGACAUUCAAAAAGUGAAAAUGCUACGUUCUGUGUCACACUGCCAGAUGAUCCUCUAAUGCUUUUGCCAUGGCUUCUUGUGAGUGCUGCUCUACUGAUGACCAUAAUCAUAGUGUCAGUUGUGUAUAUCUGCAACUACGUGAAGGGUGGAAAGGAAAAGAGCAUGCCACAGCUAUUGGUAACCACCUCCAGCACCCCACACAGAGUUCUGCAGUCUCCAGAUGGGAAUCUCAUUAUUUCCAAACCGGAGAUCUGCGUUCAAAGUGAACCAACAGUUUACUCAACAAUUCGAGUGAAGACAAAUAGGCUUGUAGCUGUGUCUGGAGGUUAUUCCCCCCAGGACGUCCCCUUGCAAGACAGCAAUUGCUCUUCUGUGGAGAUACAUGAGCAAAGUGUGACCUCAAAACCCGAGAACACGAGCGGCCAGUCGUCAGAGAGUUACGGUGUAGUAGCUGUCCAUGUCCCUGCUGCACAGAGUGAACACUUUCAGCAGACUACUAAUGACAACAGAGAAACCAGUAAAGUACAAUUAUCUUCCAGUGGAGAAAGUUGGAAUAAAGAGACAUCAAGUCGAAACCUGACCUCACUUGGAGUACAAACGUUAUCAGAACAGGAACCAUGUGAUUCCAAUCCAGCCAGACCCCUGCUGUUGCAAACAGUGCGGGAUAUCAAUGGACAACUUGUGUUGCCUUCACUCAUCUUUCAGUUACAGAGCGACACAGAGGACAUUAUAUCACCUCUUAACUCAGAGAGAAAACCUCUUUUAUCUGAGCUCAUAGACUCCAAGACGGAGCGGCCAUCAUUGGACUCCUUGCAGAGCUUUGACAGCUCAGAGUGGUCGGACUCAGGGUUUGACAAUUGCAGUGUAAGCAGCCCAACCCAGCCCUACUGCAACAGUCAGUAUUUCGACUCUCAACCAGUUGCUUCUUAUUUCCCACUGGGAUGUCAGAACACAUCUACAGAUACCAUGUUUGAAUCCAGUUACAAACAACGCUGGGUGCCUACAAUCCCUCUUGACAUUGCAUCAACAGAUAGUUGUGAAUACAGAAAGACUAACUACCCUUGGACCAGGACGGGUCUCAAAAAGGAGGAGGAAGAUGAAGAUAGGGGAGAAGAGGAGGUAUCGAGGCCAAUUCUUCUGGGAGGUUGGGUGGUUCAAGUUCAAGAAUAAACUCUUUACAACCUAAAGCCUGCUUUGUUUAUGGGAGCACUAGAGACAAUCGAGAACUGAAUGGCUUUGCUGUGUGCUGUGUGGCCAAUGACACAUAGACAUGUGUUUCUCCUUAAACAUAUUUCAAAUUUAGCCCAAACUAAGUCUCAUUCAACAACAUCUACACCUUUUAAUACAGUACAUUUCAUAUCAUAAAUGUAAUAUAUUAUGUUUCACUGUAAAUCUGGUUUUAUUUAUCCUUUCACAAUUGUAAAAACACAAGACUGUAUGUAUUGUUUACAUUGGAAGACAUGAUUGUAUCUAUAUUGUAAAUUUUAAAGAAUUACAGUUUAUAUGAGUAUUUUUCACAUUAACAUAGUAGUGUAAAGACAGCUUCGUUCUGUUUUGUUUGCAUAAUGUAAGGAAAACACAUGAUCACACCUGUCAUGUUUGUAUGGUAAGUGGUAGGAAAAGCUGUUUAAAUGAGCUUCUUAGAAUUAAACUCAGUCGGACCACUUUAAAAACAGCUGCAAUGACACAGUCAGUGUGUGUCAGUAUGGUAACACAAUAGUGCAACAUUUACCAAUGUCUAAAAUACACAAACCCAAUCUGGCCACUUUUAAAUUAUAAUGUGGACAGUCAGCCUUAAAGAUUAGCUAUGAAAACAACCAUGAUUGCUUUGUGGCCGAACAAAGCAUUAGGCAUUGUCACCGUUUGAGCCAUUUAAAACUAGUCUUAUUGACUGAAUUUCUACUAGAAAGACUGUUUUCUUACUUUACCAACACUAACAUAUUUCAGUAUUAUCAGUGUUUCAUCCCUACAUUAAAAAUAGGAAAUGUUUCAGAUUGUUGUAACUCACAACAUUCAUGACCUCAUUGUGUUCUCCCCAUUGUUUGCUGUCCUUUCAGAGAAAGAAGAUACAGUGUGUAAAAAUAUAUUCGAAGGUGGGGUCAUGGUGCAACCUGAGCCACGCUGAUAACAGCCUGAGCGCAAUCUCUUUUACGCAGCUCUAAAGUAAUAACGCGAGGUGUGUUAAAAAGUACGAUGUGAGUACGGACACAUUAUACUAAGAAUGUACAUGAAUGCAUGCAAGUUAAAGUUACAACUUUGCUUUAUCCUGUAUUUGCAUGUUGGAAAGUUUAAAUUAUAUUGAAAUUCUGAAAAAUAAACAUUGGAGAACCUUUCAUUCUCA